CACUUCCGGGCCCUACGGCAGCCGGCUGGGGUCAAACGGCGGACGGCGGCGCUGUGUGAGUGCGUCACUGCGCGUGUGCGCCACUUCCGGCUGGCGGCGGCGGGAGCACCAUGCCCAAGUUUUACUGUGAUUACUGUGACACGUACCUCACCCAUGACUCGCCCUCCGUGAGAAAAACCCACUGCAGUGGCCGGAAGCACAAGGAGAACGUCAAGGACUACUACCAGAAAUGGAUGGAGGAGCAAGCCCAGAGCCUGAUUGACAAAACAAUAGCGGCUGCAUUCCAGCAAGGGAAAAUUCCACCGACGCCGUUCUCGGCACCACCUCCGGCCGGAGCCAUGAUUCCACCUCCUCCCAGCAUCCCUGGCCCCCCCCGGCCCGGCAUGAUGCCAGCCCCACACAUGGGGGGGCCCCCGAUGAUGCCAAUGAUGGGCCCACCGCCCCCAGGAAUGAUGCCAGUUGGACCUGCUCCUGGGAUGAGGCCACCCAUGGGAGGACACAUGCCAAUGAUGCCAGGGCCCCCCAUGAUGAGACCCCCCUCCAGACCCAUGAUGGUGCCAACCAGGCCAGGAAUGACCCGUCCAGACAGAUAAAGAUGGAGAUGAAGCUGCCUUUUCAUAUUAGGACCUUCCCUAUGAUAAACACCACAGACCUGUGUCCCUGGGGCUUUGUACUCAGUGUGUGGAGCGAUUCUGCUGUAACCUCAGCAUACAAAUGGACACACCCUGCACUGACUUGUACAAGGUCUGGCUUUUUGGGUGUCUCUUCAAUUGUAUUAUUCCCCCCCUUUGAAUGAUAAAAACAAGAAUAAACAUUGAUGUUGUUUCCA